AGCUUAAUACUAAAUAUUCCAGAACUAGAUUCUACAAGCGAGAAAAGUGCACUGAAGAAGUCCCCAUGUUUGCUGUUACUGCAUCUUCAAAUGAUCUAUGUAAAAGAGAAUAUAGCAAGGGAUGCUGCUGUAAAGGAAGCUUAACCUUUUUACCUUUACUUUGGGCUGCUUGGACUAUGGGCUCUCUUGCCAUCUCGUAUGCUGUAGCCAUUAGUUUGGGACAUAUCCAUGGGUUUUUGCCAUUUAUAAGUCAAAUAUCAAUGAUGAAUCCAGAAUACAUUUUUUCAGUGUUUGCAUGUUCUAUUACCAGCAUUUUAGGUUCUGCAAUCAUGUAUAUUGAAUAUUGCUACAUAGAUAUUUACUAUUCUGAUAUUAGUGGGAAAUGGAACAAAAUCCUGUUGUGUUGUGGAUUGCUGUCCUAUCUGGGAUUUCUUGUAGCUGCUUAUGUUUCGGUGCUCGUAGCCAUUAAUGUUCAUUUGGCCGGAGCAAUUGGAGGCUUUGGGCUGAACUGUUUAUACAAUUUCUGUCACAGCAUCGUGUGUCUCCGAUCAUCAGUAUGGCAGGAUAAUAAGCAGAUGGUCAUCAUACGAUUGUGUUUUUCUGUCAGUUCCCUGGCAUUUAUAUUGAUGCUUGGAGGGACACAUAUUGUAUGCAUGUUUUCAAUAUCAUGCACCCAAGCCAAUAUUAACCUCCCACUUGCUGUCCUUGAGUGGUUGACAUUGUUUGGAAUGUGUGGCUAUAUACUCACAUUUACUAAAGACUUUCAGCGACUACGUCUGACACAUGUGAGAAGCAUCAGCAAGGAGUGGACAUCAAUGCUGUGGAGUCUAAAGAACUCAAUGAAGGGCCUUAAAUGUAAUAAUUACAUGAGAAGUAGACCAUUCCCCAUGGAAAAGCUUGGCCAAGGUACCAAUACCAACUAUUUAGAAGACUGA